UUUUCUUACCUUCGAGUCUUCGCGGCGGUCUGGCGGUCCCACGAGUUAGAUUUACCCCUAAAUAAUACCUUUUUUGUGAUUGUAACCCAAGACAAUAGUGCUUCAAAUAUGUCGAAAAGACGAUUGGACAUCAACGAUUCGUAUUCAUCGAAGAAAAGGACAGACUCGGAGUACAGAGACAGGGACAGGGAAAGAGAUCGUGACAAGGAUCGGGAUCGCGAUGAUCGCGGCAGGUCUUCGUCAUCCGGCUCUGGGGCGAUCACAUCCGCACCGAUCGCUGUCAACCAGUUCUCCGCAGCUAGACAAAACAAUCUAGGCAUCAACCCUUACAACAUGACACCUUACUCCAUGCGCUACCACCAGAUCCUGGCCAAGCGGCGCACGCUGCCCGUUUGGGAAUACAAGGCCAAGUUCAUGGAGAUGCUGGAUAGGUAUAAAGUCAUGGUACUCGUUGGAGAGACUGGGUCCGGCAAGACCACACAGAUCCCCCAGUGGUGUGUGGAGUAUGUCCGCUCCAAGUUUGCCAUGUCCAGCAAGAAGGCAGUGGCCUGCACGCAGCCCCGGAGAGUGGCCGCCAUGAGCGUGGCACAGCGAGUGUCAGACGAGAUGGACCUUGUGCUGGGCCAGGAGGUCGGCUACAGUAUACGAUUUGAAGACUGCACCAGCUCCAAGACGAUACUCAAAUACAUGACCGAUGGUAUGUUGCUACGCGAGGCAAUGACAGAUCCUCUCCUGGAGCGCUAUGGGGUCAUACUGCUUGACGAGGCCCACGAGCGCACCCUGGCCACAGACAUCCUGAUGGGUCUCCUUAAGGAGGUGGAGAAGCAGCGCUCAGACCUCAAGGUGGUGGUCAUGAGUGCCACGCUAGACGCUGGCAAGUUUCAGGACUAUUUCGACCAUGCCCCUCUAAUGACGGUCCCCGGCCGCACCCACCCGGUGGAGAUCUUCUACACCCCAGAGCCCGAGAGGGAUUACCUCGAGGCAGCCAUCCGCACCGUGGUCCAGAUCCACAUGGGAGAAGAGAUAGAGGGGGACAUCUUGCUCUUCUUGACUGGCCAGGAGGAAAUUGAGGAAGCCUGUAAACGAAUAAAGCGAGAGGUUGACAGCCUAGGCAACGAGGUGGGCGAUGUCAAGACCAUUCCUCUGUAUUCCACCCUCCCCCCAGCGCUGCAGCAGCGAAUCUUCGACCCAGCCCCACCCAACAAGGCCAACGGCGCCAUCGGGCGCAAGGUGGUGGUGUCGACCAACAUCGCCGAGACCUCCCUCACAAUAGACGGCGUGGUGUUUGUGAUCGAUCCUGGCUUUGCCAAACAGAAGGUGUACAAUCCUCGAAUCAGGGUAGAGUCCCUGCUGGUCUCCCCAAUCAGCAAGGCCAGCGCCCAGCAGCGGGCAGGCCGCGCCGGCCGCACCAAGCCAGGCAAGUGCUUCCGCCUGUACACGGAGAAGGCCUACAAGCUGGAGAUGCAGGACAACACAUACCCAGAGAUCUUGCGCUCCAACCUGGGCACGGUGGUGCUGCAGCUGAAGAAGCUGGGCAUUGACGACCUGGUCCACUUUGAUUUCAUGGACCCGCCAGCACCUGAAACCCUGAUGAGAGCCCUGGAGCUUCUGAACUACCUCGGAGCCCUGGACGACAAUGGGGACCUGACGGAGCUGGGUUCCAUGAUGGCCGAGUUCCCCCUGGACCCCCAGCUGGGCAAGAUGGUCAUCGCCAGUGCCGACAACAACUGCUCCAACGAGAUCCUAUCCAUCACGGCCAUGCUGUCAGUUCCACAGUGUUUUCUGCGACCCAACGAGGCCAAGAAGGCCGCUGACGAGGCCAAGAUGAGAUUUGCGCACAUCGACGGCGAUCACCUGACCAUGCUCAAUGUCUACCAUGCCUUCAAACAGAACAAUGAGGACGUGCAGUGGUGCUACGACAACUUCAUCCAGAGCAGGUCCCUGAAGUCGGCCGACAACGUACGGCAGCAGCUUGCCCGCAUCAUGGAUCGGUUUGCCCUCAAGCGCACCAGCACCGACUUCAACAGCAAGGACUAUUAUAUUAACAUCCGCAAGGCUCUCGUUUCGGGGUUCUUCAUGCAGGUGGCCCACUUGGAACGGACCGGUCACUACCUGACGGUCAAAGACAAUCAGAUCGUCCAGCUCCACCCCUCCACAUGUCUGGACCACAAGCCAGAGUGGGUGCUGUACAACGAAUUUGUACUGACCACCAAGAACUACAUCCGCACUGUAACCGACAUCAAGGCUGACUGGUUGGUCCGCAUCGCCGGCCAGUAUUACGACAUGGCCAACUUCCCGCAAUGUGAAGCCAAGCGCGUGCUGGAACGCAUCAUUGCCAAGCUUCAAACGCAACAGUAAACUUUGUAGUGUGGUACAGCCUCUGGUCGGCGUACUGCGCUGUGUGGUGUACUAAAUGUCCCCUUUGUGAAAAGUGAGUCGGGCUGUUGCAAAUUUGACAUCUCGGAGUUGAAAACUCUCUCGGGAAGAGCGUGGUAAAAACAAGCUCACUCGUGUUACACCUCGAGUCCCUCAGGGGUGUUCAGUUCUUAACAAAUGAUAGCCUGAAACGUUGGCUUCCUUUCCACUGGAAAAGAUUGAAGCAUUGUCGUAGGACAGAAUAAUCUCUGAAUACCAAGGUUACAUAUUUUACAGCUUUGUCUUUGGCAACUGUCCAUUUCGCACAACAAACGUGACUGGAUGCAAAAAAUUCACUCAAAAGAUUUCUCAUGUUUAGAAAGAGGACAAAACGUGUCUCUCUCUCUCUCUUGCCUGUGUGGGCUGAGAAGCAGAUUCGUGCAGAAUGUCGUUCAUGCACAAGGUUGAACCCUGCAAGACAGGCACUCCUUGAUCAUUUAAUUAAUAAACAGAAACGGACUUUAAUCUGUCAUAAAAGAAGGUUGAUGUGGUAAUUACGUUUGUCAUAAAGACACAGACCAAAAUGAAAGCCUUCUCCCUGCACCAGCCAUUGUUCUUGAAUGUCCAGGUACAUCGUCGUCUUUGGGUUUUUUGUUUUGUUUUGAGAAUGGGUGUUGUACCAUGUUAAUUUAUCAAGUAAAACUAUACAUAGGGAAAUAAACUGCAUUGAUGGCAGCCCAUAGGAAAAUGGUGUCCCCCCCCAUUUAAAAGUCUCUGUAAAUACAAUUACAGGUUGUCAGGUGCUGGAGUCGAAGGUAACACAGGUUUAAGAAUGAUGCCAGUCAUGACUUUUCGUUUUGAACUGACAGCUUUUGCAGCAUCUGUUGCAAAUAUUAUCCAGUAUUUAAUUUAGAUUUAUUCAAAUAAAUGUCACUGUUAGGUGUGUCUCAAAGAUACUUGGAAGUGUUGCUUCCUUUAAGGUGCCGUGCUUGUUGAGCUUCGCAACUCAGGGCCUAUUUGAAAAACACUACGUAAAUUUGUUUCCGACAACAAACUGAUAGAGCCUCUUCCCUGUUUGUAUUUUCUGAUACGUGGCACGCUUUGUGACAACCAAUUUUCCAGUAGGCCACAGUGUUUCCUCACAACAAGCCACCGUGACAUGCAAACCUUAGGAUAAGAACUGUCGUAAGAACUUGUUUCUCUCCAGAAGUGAAACUCGAGUACAUGUAGUUAUCCAUUUUCUGUAGUGUACAUAAUUUAAAGAUCUGCUCCUUUUUGUGAAAUGUUGUCUUGGUGUAAUAAACCGGAUACACACGUAGUUUGGCAGAGAAGGA